AUGCUAUCACCGGUGGAGAAUCUUCCAGUCACGGAGGAAGAGACGCAUCUUUCGUUCGGAGAAGUUAUCUCUCUAUCGGUGCAAAAUCUAAUAGCAUUUGUUUCUAGUCACCGUCCAUGGUUGGAGUUACUAGCAUUAGGUUCUAUGGACCGUCCUACCUCUUUCUCUUCAGCCGUCUCGCGUUCGAAACUCAACCUCCACCAUUUUUUGGUUAACUACUCUCUCGUGGCCGCGGUUUCGGCCGCACUCUUCUUGAUAGGUGAUCCGACGGCUCUUCUCAUCAUUGCUUCUUUUGCUGUCAUGUGGUUGCUGUUAUGCUUUUGUAGGGACCAUCCUUUGGUUUUGUACGGUCGACAUGUUAGUGACCGAGUGAUCUUCUUUGGAUUGAUCGUUGGCUCCUUCUGGGCGUUGUGGCUCACGCAUUGCUUCUUGAGUCUGGUUCUUGGGAUCGUGGCAGGUGCCUUGCUUUGCUUGGUACAUGCCGUCCUAAGGAAUCCAGAUGACCUCUUUGUACAAGAAGAGCAAGUUGUUGUUCCUUCGAAUUUUCUUCAUUGGAGCUGA